GUCGGCGGCCAUUGUAAAAGUGGCGUCCAGCCUUCAAAAUCUUGAAGACUCGUGUCUUUUUAUGUUGUUUAUUGUUCCAUUUUAUUAAUUUGACUACAAAUUAAGGACGAAGAUAAGUUAAAAAUGGUUAAUUUGUACGUUCUGUACGAACACGCAGCCGGUUAUGGCGUAUUCCAAGUUCAAGAAUUUGAAGAAAUCGGAAUGUUUCUGCCCCAAUUGGAAGAAGCGGUGACUGAUUUAGGUCGUUUUAACAGUGUUGUUAAAUUGGUUGGUUUUUCUCCAUUCAAAACUGCCGUUGCCGCCCUUGAGAAUGUCAAUGCAAUCUCUGAAGGUUUACUAACUGAAGAUCUUCAACAAUUUCUCGAUAUUACCAUCCCAAAAGGUGGUAAGAAAAAUAAAUCAUCACUUGGGGUGAGCGAUCCAAAAUUGGGGGCUGCAAUAACUGAGGCGUUAGGUAUUCCUUGUACGCAUAUUGGGGUUGUUCCUGAAGUUGUAAGAGGAAUAAGGUUGCAUUUUCAUAAUAUGGUGAAAGGGUUUACUGCAAAAAGUUCAGGGAUUGCUCGAUUAGGUUUGGGACAUUCAUAUUCAAGGGCUAAAGUUAAAUUUAAUGUACAUCGUGUUGAUAACAUGAUAAUACAAUCAAUCGCAUUGUUGGAUCAAUUGGAUAAAGAUAUAAAUACAUUUGCUAUGAGAAUUAGGGAAUGGUAUUCAUAUCAUUUCCCAGAAUUAUUUAAAAUUGUUCCUGAAAAUUAUACUUAUGCUAGAUUAGCUCAGUUUAUUAAAAACCGUAAAGAGUUAACUGAAGAACAUUUAGAGGGGUUAGAAGCAAUUACGAUGGAUUCCGGGAAAGCUCAAGCUAUUUUAGAAGCUUCUCGAUCGAGUAUGGGUAUGGAUAUAAGUCCAAUUGACUUAUUAAAUAUAGAAAUGUUUGCUGGAAAAGUUGUUUCCUUGGCGGAUUAUCGCAAAGAACUUGGGGAAUAUCUUCGUAAAAAAAUGAGUGAUGUUGCGCCAAAUUUAGCUUCUUUAGUUGGCGAUCAAGUCGGUGCAAGAUUAAUUUCACACGCCGGUUCUCUUACAAACUUAGCAAAAUAUCCAGCUUCAACAGUCCAGAUUUUAGGUGCAGAAAAGGCUUUAUUUAGAGCCUUAAAAACUCGCGGAAACACGCCUAAAUACGGACUUUUAUUCCAUUCCACGUUUAUUGGUAGAGCUGGGGCCAAAAAUAAAGGUAGAAUUUCGCGGUAUCUUGCAAAUAAGUGUUCAAUAGCGUCUAGAAUUGAUUGUUUUGCUGAACAAAUGUCGAAUAUAUUUGGGGAAAAACUUCGUCAGCAAGUUGAAGAUAGAUUAAAAUUCUUUGAAACUGGAGAUAUUCCAAAGAAAAAUAUUGAAGUUAUGAAGGAAGCUAUUGAAGAAUUCGAUAAAGUACAAUCUACAAAAACUGAAAAGAAAAAGAAGAAGAGGAAAGCUGAAGUGCUUGAUCAAAGUAAUGGAAAUGGUCAAGAGAAUGGUAUGGAAGAAGAUAUCGUUCAGGAACCACCCAAAAAGAAAAAGAAGAAGAAGAAGGUUCAGGAAAACGACGAAUAGUGUUGUUUUAAUGUGUUUAAUUUUGUUUUUCAAACAAUUUUUAUUUUGUUUAACCCUUUAUAUAUUGAGUAAUUACAAAUCAAUAGACAUUAUAAAUCAAUU